AUGAGCGAGAUGAAGGAUGGUGAGAUUCACCACGAGGUCCGUGAGAAAAAUAUCACCAAGGGUGGUAACGCUGCAUUCCACAAUUUUAUCAACGAUUUCGCUCACAUCGAGGAUCCUCUAGAGAGAAGAAGGCUGGCGCUGAAGAAGAUCGAUGACGCCAGCUUUGGCUGGUACCACGUGCGUGCCAUUCUGGUGGCAGGUGUUGGUUUCUUGACCGACUCUUACGAUAUCUUUGCGAUCAACUUGGGUAUCGCGAUGUUGACGUAUGUGUUCUGGGAGGGAAAUAUGCCAAGCUCGACCAACACUCUGUUGAAGGUUUCUACCUCUGUCGGUACUGUUAUCGGUCAGUUGGGUUUUGGUUUGAUGGGUGAUAUCAUCGGUCGUAAGAAGGUGUAUGGUAUCGAGUUGAUCAUUAUGAUUUCUGCUACCAUCCUGCAGUGUACGGCUGGUCAUUCUCCCGGUGUCAGUUUUGUCGCCGUGUUGACUUUCUACCGUAUCAUUAUGGGUAUUGGUAUUGGUGGUGACUACCCAUUGUCCUCUAUUAUCACGUCUGAAUUUGCUACCACCAAGUGGAGAGGUGCCAUCAUGGGUGCUGUCUUUGCUAACCAGGCUUUCGGUCAACUUGCCGCUGGUAUCAUUGCUUUGAUCCUGGUUGCCGCUUACAAGAGCGAGUUGGUUAAUGUGAAGAAUGGGAAGCAGUGUGGUCCUUCUUGUCAGAAAGCCUGUGACCAGAUGUGGAGAAUUUUGAUCGGUUUGGGUGCUGUUCCAGGUGCCAUUGCCCUUUACUUCAGAUUGACCAUCCCAGAAUCACCACGUUACUCUCUGGACAUCAACGCCGACUUGAGCAAGGGUACCGCUGAUAUUGGUAAGUUUGUUUCUGGUGAAUAUGGUGACGCAGAGGCUGACCAAAUUCAGCGUCUGGAAAGAGCUCCAACCGCUGUGGAAGCUGUCGACAUUCAACCACCAAAGGCAUCUUUCAAGGAUUUCUGCACACAUUUCGGCAAAUGGAAAUACGGUAAGAUCUUGUUGGGUACCGCUGGUUCGUGGUUCUGUCUGGAUGUUGCCUUCUACGGUUUGGGUCUAAAUACCGCCGUCAUUUUACAAACCAUCGGUUACGCCGGUAGCGAGAACAUCUACAAGAAACUUUACAACACUGCUGUUGGUAACCUGAUCUUGAUUUGUGCUGGUUCCCUGCCGGGCUACUGGGUCUCCGUCUUCACGAUGGAUAUCAUCGGCAGAAAACCAAUUCAGCUGUUCGGUUUCUUCAUUUUGACCGUGUUGUUCUGUGUCAUUGGUUUCGCUUACCACAAGCUUAGCGAUGGAGGCUUGCUGGGGUUGUACAUCGUGUGUCAAUUCUUCCAAAACUUCGGCCCAAACACUACCACUUUCGUUGUUCCAGGUGAAUGUUUCCCAACCAGAUACAGAUCCACCGCUCAUGGUAUCUCUGCUGCAUCCGGUAAGGUCGGUGCUAUCAUUGCACAAACCGCUCUAGGUACUUUGAUCAACCACAACUGUGCCAAAGAUGGCAAGAAGCAGAACUGUUGGUUGCCACAUGUCAUGGAAAUUUUCGCUCUAUUCAUGCUUGUCGGUCUUUUCCUUUCGUUCCUAAUUCCAGAAACCAAGAGAAUGACUUUGGAAGAGGUUUCUGAGAAAUACCACGACGAAAUUGAUCCUUCUGCUUACAGGGGUGCUGUUGCUGGUUCCAACCAGACUUCCGCCGACUCUACCGAAUUGGAACACGUCUAA